UACUUUCUCAAUUCCACGAGAACUCAACGGGAACUCAGGCAGCAGGAUACACCCUAUUCCCAGCAGGAAUAACCUUAAUCCUGGAACUGCCUUAAACCCAGAUUGUCCUAAACCGGGAACACCCUAAACUCAAAUUAUCCUAAACCCAGAACGCGCCCUAAACCCAAGGAGCGGGAUACUUCCUAAAACUUGCAGGAUACACCCUAAACCUGGAUCCACCCUGGUCCUUGAGCAGGGUCACCUUUCUCAAACAUACAUGCAAUGUCACAGCGAAUGUCCAAGGCAAGUCCAUUUCCACGAGUCCUUUCUCUAAGCAACAUGGGGUACGCUGGCAAGGAAAUUUCGAUGCAUCAUUCCUACUUGGCAAUGGCCCUCAGCAACCCAUCCUCCCCUUUCCCCAAUCCAAAGAUCCUUCAUUCUUCCCAUGCCCCCCCCCCACACCAUCAUAGAUCAACAUCCACUAAUCAGAGAAAACAUUCGGCCUUUAGUUUUUGGGGAUUGGCUUACUUAGCAUAAUAUUCUCCAGCUCCAUCCAUUUACCUGCAAAUGCCACAAUUUUUUUUUCUUUUAAUGCUGAGCAAUAUUCCACAGUCUCUAUCCAUUUAACUAUUGAUGAGUAUCUAAGUUGGUUCCACAGUUUAGCUAUUGUGAAUUCACCUGGAUAGCCCACUUUUAUAAAAAUAUUUGAAGAAGAAUUUUCUGUUUCAAAAGUUAUAAAUAAUACCUAGUAUGUAGAAAGUACUCACAGAAAGCUUCUUCAAGUUCACCCAGCUAGAAGAAAGCCUCCACGUUGACUUCUGAACAUGGGAAGGUAUCCAGGGUAUGGAGGUACAGUUGGAGAACCAGAUGGUCUUGGUGCAGACCACUCUGCCCAGCCAGGAGGUGCAGGCGCUCCUGGAAGGCACUGGGCGGCAGGCCGUACUCAAGGGCAUGGGCAGCAGCCAGUUACAGAAUCUGGGGGCAGCAGUGGCCAUUCUGGGGGGUCCUGGCAUCGUGCAGGGCGUGGUGCGCUUCCUACAGCUGACCCCUGAGCGCUGCCUCAUCGAGGGAACCAUCGACGGCCUAGAGCCUGGGCUGCAUGGACUCCACGUCCAUCAGUAUGGUGAUCUCACGAGGAACUGCAGCAGCUGUGGGGACCACUUUAAUCCUGAUGGAACAUCUCAUGGGGGACCAGAGGACCCUGAACGGCACCGCGGAGACCUGGGCAAUGUCCAUGCUGAUGCUGAUGGCCGAGCUGUCUUCCGGAUAGAGGAUGAGCUGCUGAAGGUGUGGGACGUGAUUGGUCGCAGCCUGGUUGUUGAUGAGAGAGAAGAUGACCUGGGCCGGGGUGGCCAUCCCUUAUCCAAGAUCACAGGAAACUCUGGGGAGAGGUUGGCCUGUGGCAUCAUUGCACGUUCCGCUGGCCUUUUCCAAAACCCCAAGCAGAUCUGCUCUUGUGACGGCCUCACUAUCUGGGAGGAGCGAGGCCGACCCAUCGCUGGUGAGGGCCGAAAGGACUCAGCCCAGCCUCCUGCUCACCUCUGAGCAGGACCUCGCCUUGAUUCUCUUCUGUCCUGCCAGCUGAGCACCUUCCCCCUACAGAGGAAGAAGAGUGAGUUGUGCUUGCUCAGGCCCAGGAGGACUGGGCACAGGGCAUAUAGGGGUCACUGUGAGGUUCCUUUGGCAAAUUAAACUUUUAUUUUCAUAUGGAACAUA